CUAAAUCGAUUUUUCUUUGGCGCUUCCUUCCCCAAAGAAAAUUGAUUUAAUUGAAAAUCAUUUUGACAAAAGAAAACCACAGAUAGAAAUAGAGAUCAAGAUGAUAAUCCAACAGCAGCAGCCGUUAGAAGUGGGAACACGCGUUUUGUGCCGGUGGAGAGACGGUAAACAUCAUCCGGUGAAAGUUAUCGAACGCCGGAAACUUAAUUCCGGUGGACCUAAUGAUUACGAGUAUUAUGUUCAUUACACCGAAUUCAAUAGGAGGCUUGAUGAAUGGGUUAGACUUGAACAGCUUGACCUCGAUUCAGUAGAAAAUGAUGUAGACGAAAAGGUGGAAGACAAGGUAACAGGUUUGAAAAUGACACGCCACCAGAAACGCAAGAUCGAUGAGACUCAUGUCGAGGGACAUGAAGAGCUUGAUGCUGCCAGCUUACGUGAACAUGAAGAGUUCACAAAAGUUAAAAAUAUAGCGACUAUAGCACUUGGGAGGUAUGAGAUUGAGACAUGGUACUUCUCCCCCUUCCCACCUGAAUACAAUGACUCCCUCAAUCUCUACUUUUGUGAGUUUUGUCUCACUUUCUUGAAGCGCAAAGAACAGCUUCAACGACAUAUGAAAAAAUGUGACCUCAAGCAUCCCCCUGGUGAUGAGAUAUAUCGAAGUGGUACCCUAUCAAUGUUUGAGGUUGAUGGUAAAAAAAACAAGGUGUAUGGCCAAAAUCUUUGUUAUUUGGCAAAAUUGUUUCUUGAUCAUAAGACCCUCUAUUACGAUGUUGAUCUGUUUCUAUUUUACGUGCUGUGCGAAUGUGACGAGCGUGGGUGCCAUAUGGUUGGCUAUUUCUCCAAGGAAAAACAUUCGGAAGAGUCAUACAAUCUAGCAUGUAUUCUAACUCUUCCUCCCUAUCAAAGGAAAGGAUAUGGAAAAUUCCUCAUUGCUUUUUCUUAUGAACUUUCUAAGAAAGAAGGUAAAGUUGGGACACCUGAAAGACCUCUUUCUGACCUGGGAUUGCUUAGCUAUAGGGGAUAUUGGACCCGGGUUCUGUUAGACAUAUUGAAAAAGCACAAAAGCAACAUAUCAAUCAAGGAGCUUAGUGACAUGACGGCCAUCAGGGCAGAAGACAUCUUGGCAACCCUUCAAGCCUUGGAACUGAUACAGUACAGGAAAGGGCAGCAUGUCAUUUGUGCUGAUCCCAAGGUCUUAGAUCGUCAUUUAAAAGCUGCUGGUCGUGGUGGUCUUGAGGUUGAUGUUAGCAAAUUGAUUUGGACUCCUUACAAAGAACAAGGUUAGUGAUAAUUUUAGGCGGCUAGAGCCAUGUACCCUUACAGAUAACCGAUUUCAUCUAGUAUUGUAAAGUUGUAAAAUCCUUCAUGUCCUCAUGAUAAAGUUACCGAGAAUUACACUCGUUUAGAUUUUUCAAGCGUAUUUUGUAUGAACAGACUUUGAUAAUGGUUCAAACUAAACAAAAGGAGGUUAAUGAUAUUAUGCCUUUUGAUGACCUGUUGGCAGA